UCGAGCGGCAAGGCCUGCCGGGAUCGCAUCCGGGGGGCGUCUCCGGCCCCAUUCCGCCUUCUGCCCGGGAAAAGGAUGCUUUAUUCCACGCGGGAACGGCUAAACAUCUUGGGAUGGAGAGCCGCUUCAACUAUUGUUUGGUCUCUGCUUCUGCUUCCUCUCUGUGUUGCUGUCUUCGUCACCAUCAGCAGUAUUGACCUUCUCCACCCUAUACAAUGGAUCACAAAUUCAUUCAAUGACUUAUAUACCUCCUAUGUGUUCUUUUGCAUACUACUGAUGUCUGUGGUGAUCGUGGUAAUAAAUAUCUUCAAUGUUGAAUUUCAUGCAGUGGUGCCUUCCAUUCCUUGCUUUCGAUUGGCAUUGAUCAGUAAGAUUAUCCACCCGCAGCAGGUGAUCCAUUCAGUUGCUCACGCUGUCAUGGGGAUGCUGGUGGCUUGGUGUGCUGCCAUUAUGACGAAAGGGAAGUUUCUGCUUCUGUCUGUACCCUGCACAAAAACAGAAAGUGCCCCUGAUGCUGAUCUGCAUAUGUGUCUGAAUGAAUACCACCUCUUUCUCUUGCUCCUUGGUGCUUUUAUGGGUUACAGCUACAGCUUCCGGUAUCUUGUCAACCAUUUGAAUUACCUUCCAUUCCCAGUCAUACAGCAAUACAAAUUCCUGCGCUUCAGACGAUCCCUUCCCCUCCUGGCAAAGCAUAGUUGUGUGGAGUCACUUUAUAUGGUUAGGAACUUCUGUGUGGUCUACUGGAUAUUUGGUUCUAUUCCAAGGACGUGGAUAAUUACCACAAUGAACCUUCAAACUGAUAGGAAACUUCCUCUUCUUAACACAGUAGGCGGCCUCCUGGAUUUGUCCCUUUUGUACCACAGCUGGCUGUGUGGCCUGUUUCUUCUGAUGACGUGGUACCUUGCCUGGCUGCUUUUCAGAAUCUUUGCCACCGAGGCCCAUCACUUUCCUGUUCAGGCAACUUUUACUGAAGAAGCAGACCAGUGUUUACCUAAAAUCCUAAACAGCAACCCUCCCUCUCUUUUAAAGUUCUUGGCUUUACAAGACCUGAUGUUUCUCUCCCAGUAUUCCCCUAUGCGCCGUCAAGAGGUCUUCAGCCUUAGCCAACCAGGUGGACAUCCUCACAACUGGACUUCCAUUUCCAGGGACUGCUUGACCCUCCUUAAUAAUCUCACACAGAAACUAAUAGUUCAUCAAGAAGCUGCAGCUGCUAAUGGGAGUCUGAAACAGCCGCCUGUGGGAGACUUAAGACAACCUCCUACUUCUCCAGCAUCAGCAGUCCAAGAGAACUUGUUCCAGACCCCAAGGUCCAACCUACUUCCUCGAGCCCAUAUGCCUUCUCUGGUUAAAUCAUCUUUGUUGCCUUUUAAAACAUCACCUGUGUCUGAUCUGGGAAGUAAUGUAGGGUCACCUUUUAGUCCUUUUCCUCACAAAUCUGGAUUAGUAGAGUUAAGCUCUCCUUGGCAUGGAUCAAUCCAAAGCCCCCACAUUAUGAGAAGAGGACCAAAAUUAUGGACAUCAAGUUCAGAUAUGCCAUGGACCGGCUCUCCAUAUGAAACCCACCCAAUAAUUCCUGUUGCAAAAAGUGCUAAUGAAGUGGUGCCACCAAAUCAUUUCUAUAUAUGGUUACAGAGCAAGUCAGAGCAGCUCAAAAGUUUCUUGGCAAAACGAGCAAUGGUUACGUAUUUUAUCAAAAAGGACCCGGAGGCCUCAAUCCAGGAUCUCUUUUCUGAUACCCAAAUGCACAUUUGGGCUUUGGAAGGUUUAUCACAUCUUGUAGCAGCCUCAUUUACUGAAGAUAGAUAUGGAGUUGUCCAAACAACACUGCCAACUAUUCUGAAUACAUUACUAACUCUUCAGGAGGUGGUAGACAAGCACUUCAAACUUCCUCAUGUUUCCAGCAAACCCCCCAGGACUUCAGGGAAUCUGGCAGACACUUCCUAUAAAACCCUUCGGUUUGCCUUAAGAGCCUCAUUGAAAACUGCCAUAUAUCGGAUAACCACCACAUUUGGAGAACACUUAAAUGCUGUGCAAGUAUCUUCAGAACAUAAGAAAAGACUCCAGCAGUUCCUUGAGUUCAAGGAGUAGAAAGUCAAAUUUUCUGGGCUGGUAGAGAUGGAUAGACCAGCAGCUGUGCAUCAAAAUAUAAGUGACACUAAUAUGACUUUUUCCUACUGGCUUUUUGAAAGUGUUCAUUGCAAGUCAUAAGGUGACUAUGCUGUCAGCUGAGCUACCUGAAAAACUUGAUUUCUUUGGUUUGACAUUUUGUAUAAUAAACUUUUUUUUAAAAGGCAAA